AUGAGUGCAAGCAAAAAAAAUCAAGAUAUCGAAGAUUGGCUAUUAAUGGAUGUUCCGGAUGAUCCAGAAUCUGAGGACGAAUAUGAUGUAGAUGAUGGUGAUACCGAUGAGCAAGCCCAACAAGAGGUAAUUGAAUUUAGUAAUUUUUUUUUGCAAAGUGAAUGUGAAACCGGUAAUAAUGACAAAGAACCAUUAAUAAUUGAUAAUUCGGAUGUUAUUAUUUUUGAUUUUCCGGAAUUUGACUUUUCCCCUCAAACUGAUGACGUAAGUCUCAAAACCACUAAUACACCAAGCUCUUCUAGAACUUUGAGACCACGAUUAUCAAAUUCAACUAAUUUGUCCAAUAAAUCUUUUUCUGAUCAUGUUAUGACUGAUAUUACACGCACACCAGAACAUAUCGAUAAUAAUACUACUACAGAACUUCCUGUUAAUAAUUCUCCAGAUCCUAUUGAAGUUAAUAGGCAAUGGCGUAAAAAAAAUGAAAUUACAGCAGCUUUACCAGAUUAUGAAAAAAGUUUAGGUUACAACCAAGUGAUGUUUGGUGACUGUAAAACGGCAACGGAUAUUUUUUUAAAACUUAUUAAUCCUAUCAUAGAAAACAUUUUGGACCAAAGUAAUCUGUACGCAACUCAAAAAAAUAAAAAUCUCAAUCUACGAGAAAAUGAACUACUCUCUUUUUUUGGAAUUAAUUUUUGUAUGGGGUAUCAUAAACUACCUUCAUAUAAACAUUAUUGGAAGGGGGCCAAAGAUUUAAAUGUGCCCGCUAUUUCUGAAGUUAUGACAAGAGAUCGAUUUGUAGAAAUACUAUCUAAUAUUCACGUCAAUAAUAAUGAAAAUAUUCCUCAGAACAAUAAAGAUAAAUUGUUCAAAUUACGUCCUAUGAUAGAUAGUUUGAACCAAAUAUUUUUGGAGUCUUCAUCUGGAACACGUGAACUCAGUGUUGAUGAGUCCAUGAUUAAAUUCAAGGGUCGCAGUACGAUAAAGCAAUAUAAUCCAAUGAAACCCAUAAAAAGGGGUUACAAAUUGUGGUGUAUUGCAGACCAGAACGGAUAUAUUAUGAAAUUUUCGGUGUACCAAGGAAAAAACGAAACGUUAGAAAAAGAGUUCGAAAACACUAAUUUGGGAGAAAGAAUUGUAUUGCAGUUGACAAAACCAUUUUGGAAUGAAUCUAGACUUGUAUUUUUCGAUAACUAUUUUACAACUAUUCCACUCCUUGAAAAGUUGAGAACGCAACAAACACUAGCUUGUGGUACAAUCAGACAAAAUCGGAAAGGGAUGCCACAAAAUUUCAAAAAAGAUUCUGAAAUACCUCGGGGAGAAUUUGACUACCGAUUUUCUACUUCAGGUAUUGGAAUAUUCAAAUGGAAAGAUAACAAAGUGGUACAUAUUGGGUCAAACUAUCACGGUAACGAAAUAACAUCUGUUGAUAGGACUAUGAAAGAUGGCUCUAGAUUGAGCAUAUCAUGCCCAAAUCCAAUCAAAGACUACAACAAAUAUAUGGGUGGAGUUGAUCACGCAGACAGAUUGAGGGCAUUAUAUAACGUUGACCGUAAGUCCAAAAAGUGGUGGCUUAGGAUUUUUUGGGGACUGUUGGACAUAACGUUUGUAAAUGCAUAUGUCAUUUAUUGCCAAAUGUUUGAAAAAACGGAUGUAUUUGAUUUCCGUCGAUCAGUUGCCCUUGGUCUGAUGACAGCUCGAAAUACUCCAUCAAGAAAAUCUAUAAGCCUGAAAAGAUCAGCUCCACAAACGCCAUCAAAUCGAAGAAAGAAAACUUUAUCCAACUCCAAAGACGUCAGAUUAGGCAACAGGGGUAUUCAUUGGCCAAGUUUUGGUAUAAAGAGAGGUAGAUGUGAACUUUGCAGUGUUCGAGGAGUAGAGUCCCGGCCACUUUCUUCGUGUAACCACUGCCGAGUAUUUCUGUGUUGCAAUGAAAGGAAAAAUUGUUUUGUAGAAUACCAUCAAGUUGACAUUGUAUAA